AUGUCGUCUCUGGAAGGGAUUGGUGGGCCAGCGGUCCCGGUGAGAGGACCAAAUGGCGCCAGUCCUGGCGGGAAAGCCACAGGAACCGGACCUGGUUGUGCUUGCUGCGCUGGUUGCGCUGGCUGUGCGGGCUGGGUUGGCUGUGUUGGCCGUUGUAGCAAAGAAAGUAGCUUGGUGUCAUCUUUGGUCUGGGCAACUUGGCCCGGUCCAAAGAAGCUUGAGAAUCUCGAGGAUCCAGACGAACCGGCCAUGGCCAUGGCCUCUUCGCUCAGUGCCGGCUGGACGGCUGCCUGA